CUUGGCUCCUCAAAGAAAGACGACGCCUUUGCGCUGGAAGCUGCGCGUGCACUCUUCCACUUCGACUCCGACUCCGACUCCGACUCCGUCGUCUUCGCCGCUCCCCUCGAUCCUCGCGACGAGAAUGGUCAAAUCUCCUCGGACUACCGCAUGACCGCUAUUCUGUCGCUUCCGCCCCUUUGUUUGCUUACUUCUAUGACCCUGCUUCUUGAAUCUGUGGGCCUUGGAGACUGACGAAGACCCGGGAAGAGGGAUGGAGGAGGAGACGGUGGAUCAUCGGGCGCUGCUCUCGCUGGGGCACGGAUUCGACCUAACCUGCGACUUCAGGCUCCGCUUCUCCAAGGAGCUCCCUGGCGGUGGCCGCAUCGUGCAGCUCGAUGACGGCCGCACGCGGGACGUAGUGUUCCCCGGGGGGCAGGUAGUCCGCGGCGUCUCCGAGGACAUCGGGUUGGACAAGGGCGAUAGGAUUCGGUUCCGCUCUGAUGUGUUCGAGUUCAACCAGAUGUCUGAAUUACUCAAUCAGAAAUCUUCAGUCCAAGGAAAAGUGCCUUCAGGUUAUUUCAAUGCACUUUUUGAUCUAACCGGGUCAUGGCUGGAAGAUUCUAAGGAGACAAAGUAUCUUGCCUUUGAUGGAUACUUCAUUUCCUUGUAUAAUUUACACCUAAAAGCCUCUCAUUUGGUUCUUCAUGAUGAGGUUAAGAAGGCAGUUCCCUCAAAGUGGGAUCCUGUGGCCCUCAGUUGGUUCAUCAAGACGUUUGGAACACAUAUAAUCGUAGAGGUAGCUAUAGGAGGUCAAGAUAUAGUUUGUGUUAGGCAAAGUCCUUCUUCAACAAUCUCACCUACCGAAUUAAAGAUACAUCUUGAGGAUCUUGGAGAUUUUUUAUUUUCUGACGGUAGUUUUUCUCCUUUACAUCAGAAAACCAAAGAAGGCAAGAACAAGGUGCCUGAGGUCUUCACAAAAAUUUUGCAACCUAACACCUUGAGACUGGCUGUCCGUUCAGAAGCUUCAACCAAGGAAGGGCUCACGGUCAUAUGCUCAAAAAGAGGAGGUGAUGUAUAUGCUUCAAGUCAUUCCAAUUGGCUACAAACGAUACAAAAUAAUCCUGAUGCAAUUCUCUUCAAGUUUGUUCCCAUCACAUCUCUUCUAACUGGCAUCCAGGGAAGCGGAUAUCUUAGCCAUGCUAUAAAUUUAUAUCUUCGUUACAAACCGGAUCCUGAAGAGUUACAGUACUUCUUGGAAUUUCAAGUCCCUAAUCAAUGGGCACCAAUGUUCAGUGAACUAGCUCUUGGACCUCAAAGAAGAAAAGCCUCCUAUUCGCAGCUGCAGUUUAGAUUUUUCGGUCCAAAACUUCAUGUUAAUACUGACCAGGUUUUAAGUAAUCAAAAGCCAGUGAUUGGUAUGCGGUUAUACUUGGAGGGUCCCAACUGUAAUCGAUUAGCCAUACAUUUGCAGCACCUUUCCAGUAUCCCUGGCAUUCUCAGAAACUCUGAUUCAUCCUGGAAGUCCGAGUGGCAAGGAUCGGAAGACUCAGAGUCGGGAUAUUUCGAAUCUGUCCAAUGGAAGAGCUACUCAUCUAUUUGCACGUCAGCUGUGAAGCACAAUCCUGCUUGGCUCCAGAGAGUGCCCAAUGGUGUGUUUGUCAUAACCGGCGCACAACUUGUCACAAAAGGAAAUUGGUCGAAGAAAGUGCUUCAUCUUCGCCUCCAAUACAUGCACAUUCCAAAUUGCACAGUUCAAAAGACUGAGUGGGCUCGUGCUCCAGCAACUUCUCAGAAGGGGAGCUUCUUGACAAACCUGAGCACCACACUUAGCGCACCAUUCACAACAAGGGAUGCACAUCCUCCUCCAAAAAACGAACCAGCACAGCUGAACUCAGCCGUGUAUCCCGAUGGCCCACCUGUGCCAGUCCAGUCAAGAAAGCUCUUAAAGUUUGUGGAUAUGACUGAGGUGGUACGUGGUCCUCACAAUGUACCUGGCCAUUGGCUUGCAACAGCAGCCAAGCUUGCCAGAGAAGGCGGAAAGAUCGCAUUGCAUGUAAAGUUUGCCUUGUUGAAUUACUCAUCUGAACCGGAGACCAUAACUGAAGUUCAUACACAAGUUCUCACCCGUCCUGUAGAUUGAAGAGAUCUGAUUGCGGAAUAAGGGGGGAAAAAUUUGUUGGUAUUCAAACUGUACAGAUAGUGGUAAUAAUUCACAUGGAAUGCUUACAAGCUGUGCCAUGUUCAGUUACUCUGUUGGUGGACCAUAACAGUUGCUGAGCUGAAACCAAAUGCCUCGAUUUGACUUUGGAUUUCCCAGUCAUAACUAAGGUUGUUAAAGAUGAAGAAAAGGACGUCUCUGACAUAUUCAAAUCAGUUGUUUUCUGCAAGUCAAAGUUGGCGUAAUUAAAGCUUUGGGAGUCGACGUCAGACAUGCCACAGAUUAAAGCAAAAUCUAAGGCGGCUUUGGGGUUUUGACUUGGCGGCCAAUUCUUCAAACUCUGACUUAAUCUUGAUUGUCUCCCAGUAGGACAUCUCUGACCACAGGUAGAACCGUAGAACAAAUCCAUCAGUUGUGUUCUACAGCUGCCUUAUGCAACUUCUCUCGACGUAUGUGAACUGUUUUCCUUCGUGCUGAAUUGGUCCAUGGAGAUGCAUACAUUCCUUUAGAUUUACAAGGUAAGCAUCCAUGAUCGGACACAAGGUAAUAAACUUAAAUCAUUCAGGAUCUGCAAGCUGUGGAUAUUGAUUUGUUGCUAUGAUAUCAUAGAAAUGCUUCCUUCAUCCAUUCAUCUUCUUCAUCCACCAAAAAACAUGUGAGAUUUUCACAUGUUCGUGCUCGCUUAUCCUCAAUUGUAAACAUAAUUACAUAUAAAGAAUAAGCUUAGAGAUUUGCAUGAGUCUAAGUUGGCAUGGACACCAAAUGUCCAAUAACAAACUAUUAUGUCCUUGAUUGUGUUGCGAAUAAUUUUAUUAGCUUGGUUGUGUUUCCUAUUA